CUGUUGUUGGCACAGUUUUCUAGGUAACUAUAUAAAUGUCGGAUUGGCCAGACGAACUAUCAUUCAUCGAGUUGUUUUACAAUUGUUUAGUGUUCAAACGUUCAAGAUGAGCUCAAGAAUAUUACUCGUUUCUUGUUUCCUACUGGCUUCCGCAAUGGGCGCCUUGUUACCGUUGGACGAUAACUAUGUAAACCGCGUGGUGGGAGGGCACGAGGCCGAGCCAGGAUCUGUUCCGCAUCAGGUAUCCUUGCAAGGAUUGUUCGGUCACUCUUGCGGUGGGGCUAUCAUCAGUGAUCAAUGGGUAUUAACGGCCGCACAUUGUGUCGUUGGAGCAAGUCUGUCGCAGCUUCGGGUUCUCGUUGGAACGAACAGCCUCAAAGAGGGCGGUGAAAAAUACAAGGCAUCCAAGUUUGUAGUUCAUAGCCGGUACAACAAUCCCACAUUCCACAACGAUAUUGCCUUGGUGAAACUGGAAUCAAAACUUGCGUUUAGUGAUAAUGUGAGGAGCAUUGAAUACUCCGAGAGAGUUGUUCCGGAGAAUGCCACCGUAACGCUAACCGGUUGGGGAAGAACCUCAACGAAUGGACCAAUUCCGACCAAGUUACAGACGAUUGAUCUUCGGUACAUUACAUAUGAAGAAUGUAAGCGACUGCAUGGAGAUAGCUCCGAAGUCGAUAUUGGCCACGUUUGUACGUUUACAAGAACUGGAGAGGGUGCAUGCAAUGGUGAUUCAGGUGGACCUCUUACGUACAAUGGCAAACUUGUUGGUGUGGUCAACUUUGGAGUACCUUGUGCUAAGGGAUAUCCGGAUGCUUACGCAAGGGUUUCAUACUAUCACGACUGGAUACGUACAAAUGUGAAGAAUAAUUCAUAAGUGGUAAAGUGGUACACUGGUAGUAAAGUUAAUGUUAUCUAUAAAUAAGUUCAAGUUUAUAUAAAAUAAUAAGAUUCGUAUAA